AUGAAUGCGAAUCUUGUCACUCCGGUUAUUGACAAUUUUAGUGAUGCCAAAGUUAAUGGCUUGAUCAACGAUUCAGGUGAUUGGGACCAUGAAGUCUUACAAGACUUAUUUCUGCCAGCUGAUAUUGAUCGAAUUCUUGCAACUCCAAUCUCUCCUCACAUUAAGGACACAUGGUACUGGAAAGGAGAUUCCCGUGGGAUAUAUUCUGUAAGGCACGGUUACCAUAUGCUCACAAAUUCCUACUUGACUGUUGAUCCUCAUUUACAGUUCACUGAAUGGCAAAGACUUUGGGUUCUUCCUAUCCUACCAAAGGUUAAAAAUUUCCUUUGGCGUUGCAUGCGUAAUGUUCUUCCCGUUCGUGAAAUUCUAAAAACUAAACAUGUCUGGGCAAGUGGUGGUUGUCCUUUCUGUACGUACGACCGUGAGACCAUGGAGCAUCACUUUUGUUUGUGUCCGAUGGUUAAUCAGGUAUGGAAUGGCAGCAUUAUUUUGAAUAAUGAAUCGCUGGCUUUAAUGCUUAAUAGGGUGCUUUGUGGUCCUAGUUUGGGGGAGGCAGCGUGCAUGUGGGCUAUUUGGAAUGCAAGGAAUAAUUUGAUUUGGAAGGAGGUUACUUUCUCUAGUAUUGGGCUUAAGCAACAGGUGGCAUCAUACUGUGAAUUAUGGAAUUUGAAUUAUUCAAAGGUAGCCAACACUACAAAUGUUGUCCAGAUUACUUCUGUUUGGGUUCCUCCGCAAGUUAAUGUAGAUGCAGCUAUCUUCUCGGAUGGUGUUGGGUAUGGUGCGAUAAUCAGAGAUCAUACCGGUCGUUUUGUCAGCUCGCAGUGCCCGGAUUGA